AUGGACUGUCUCCUGCUGGCCGUCUGGACUUUACCUGCUGCGAUCCUCGGCGGCAGCUCCAUGCAAUUCCAGACUCUCCCGUGGCUCGGAAGCGCUGUAAAGACCCUUCAGCUGUGUUGCCUCUGUUGCGUGUCUCAUGCGGCAACUUUAACCAGUGACAGCAUCAGUGAAUUGACUCAUGAUUAUGUGUUUGUGACACCUGUCAGAGUGGAUGCCAGCGGAUCGUACGUUUCACAUGAUGUUUUGCACAGUACGAGGAGAAAAAGAUCAACUCAGAGCUCAAAGAGUUCCUUGCACUACAAAUUUUCAGCAUUUGGACAGGAACUUCACUUAGAGCUUAAACCUUCGACCAUUUUAAGCAACAGUUUUAUUGUCCAGGUACUCGGGAAAGAUGGAGUGUCAAAUUCUCAGGACCAUGAAAUUGAGCAGUGUUUCUACCAGGGAUUUAUAAGGAAUGAUAGCACCUCUUCAGUAGCAAUAUCUACGUGUGUAGGCUUGUCGGGAUUGAUACGCACGCGGCAGAUGGAGUUCCUGAUCUCCCCGUUACCUCAGCGCCUGGCCCGGGAGCACAACUACACGUCCCCCGCCGGGCACCACCCGCACGUGCUGUACAAGAGGACGGCAGAGGGGCAGGUGCACGGGCCCCCAACCCGGCCCCAUCCCAAAUCCAUCCCCCGGGGCCGGCGCAGGACGCGCGCCCACCCCAGCGCGUACCGCCACGGACGGUUCCAAAAGCAGCACUUUUGUGGACGGCGCAAGAAAUAUGCCCCCAAGCCACCCACAGAAGAGACCUACAUUCGCUCAGAUGAGUACGGGACUUCUGCGAGGUUCAAAAGAUCAUCUGCUAAAAUUCAGAAAAAUGGAAGUCUGAAUGUUGAAACCCUUGUUGUGGCAGAUAAAAAGAUGUUGGAGAAACAUGGCAAGGAAAAUGUAACAACAUAUAUCCUAACAGUCAUGAACAUGGUCUCUAGUCUGUUUAAGGAUGGAACGAUUGGAAGUGAUAUAAACAUUAUUGUUGUGAGCCUGCUUCUUUUGGAACAUGAGCCUGGCGGGCUGCUGAUCAACCACCACGCUGACCAGUCCCUGAACAGCUUCUGCCAGUGGCAGUCUGCCCUGGUUGGGAAGAACGGGAAGCGCCACGACCACGCCAUCCUCCUGACGGGCUUUGACAUCUGCUCCUGGAAGAACGAGCCCUGUGACACUCUAGGAUUUGCACCCAUCAGUGGCAUGUGCAGCAAAUACCGCAGCUGCACCAUUAAUGAGGACACAGGCCUUGGACUGGCUUUUACAAUUGCUCAUGAAUCUGGACACAACUUUGGGAUGAUUCAUGAUGGAGAAGGAAAUGCUUGUAGAAAAGCUGAGGGAAAUAUUAUGUCUCCCACACUCACUGGAAACAAUGGAGUGUUUUCUUGGUCUGUGUGCAGCAGGCAGUAUCUCAACAAAUUUCUCAGUACAGCUCAAGCUGCCUGCCUGAUUGAUGAACCCAAGCAAACAGGACAGUAUAAAUACCCUGACAAACUGCCAGGGCAGAUCUAUGAUGCUGAUACCCAGUGCAAAUGGCAAUUUGGAAUGAAAGCAAAACUGUGCAACCUCAGCUUUGUAAAGGAUAUCUGCAAAUCCCUUUGGUGUCACAAAGUGGGUCACAGGUGUGAGACAAAGUUCAUGCCCGCAGCAGAAGGAACAGCUUGUGGCAUAAGUAUGUGGUGUCGCAGGGGACAGUGUGUGCAGUACGGGGAGCACGGGCCCAAGCCCGUCCAUGGCCAGUGGUCCGCCUGGUCCCAGUGGUCCGAGUGCACGCGCACCUGCGGAGGGGGCGUCACCUACCAGGAAAGACACUGCAAUAAUCCAAAGCCGCAGUACGGCGGGAAGUUCUGCCAGGGCUCGGGCCGUGUGUAUCAGCUCUGCAAUAAGCAGCCUUGCCCAGCAGGCAGCCUGGACUUCCGAGCCCUGCAGUGUGCAGAGUACAACAGCAAACCCUUCCGGGGCUGGUUCUACAAGUGGAAACCCUACACCAAAGUGGAAGAGCAAGACAAAUGUAAAUUGUAUUGCACAGCUGAAGACUUUGACUUUUUCUUUGCAAUGUCCAGCAAAGUGAAGGAUGGAACUCUGUGUUCUCCAAAUAACUAUGAUGUUUGUAUUGAUGGAAUAUGUGAACAAGUAGGGUGUGAUCAUGGACUUGGUUCCAAAGCUGUGUUGGAUGCUUGUGGAGUUUGUAAAGGAGAUAAUUCAACGUGCAAGUUCUUUAAAGGCCAAUACUUGACCCAGCACAAAGCUAAUGACUACUACGCGGUGGUGACGGUGCCGGCGGGUGCGCGCAGCAUCCAGCUGCGGGAGCUGCACGUCUCCCCCAGCUACCUGGCCGUGCGCAGCCUGGCCAGCAGGUACUACCUGACAGGAGACUGGACCAUCGACUGGCCUGGGAAGUUCCCCUUUGCCGGGACGGUUUUUGAUUACCAGCGCUCCUUUAACCAGCCCGAGAGUCUCUACGCGGCAGGACCCACUAAUGAGACGCUGGUCUUUGAAAUCCUGUUACAAGGCAAAAACCCUGGGAUUUCUUGGGAAUACACAUUUGCCAAAAGCAGCAUUGAGAACAAGACAUCUGUCAGGAAGCACAGCUACUCUUGGGUGACAGUGCAGUCUGAGUGCUCAGCGACCUGUGGUGGUGGACACAUUACAGCAAAAGCAAUUUGUUUGGAAGAUCAUCGUGCUCGAGUCAACGCCUCCUUCUGUGGCCCAAGGACAAAGCCUUUGACUGAAACCAAGCUGUGCAACACAAACCCCUGCCCAGCCUACUGGUCAGCAGGUGAAUGGAGCACAUGCAGCAAGUCUUGUGGAGGGGGACAGCAAAGCCGCCUCAUUCAGUGUGUCCAGAAAAGGGCUUUCCAAAGAGAGGAGGUGGUGGCCCAUUCCCUGUGUCCUGUCAGCACCCCAGCACAGGUGCAAGUGUGCAGUGCUCAGGACUGCCCACCCGAAUGGAGCCCUGGCCCAUGGUCUCAGUGCUCCAAGACUUGUGGGAGAGGUAUUAAGAAACGGGAUGUCUACUGCAAGAGUCCUGGUUCUCCCAAGGUGAAAAUCUUGCCUGAAAGCAGGUGCAGUGCAGAGCCUAAGCCUGAGUCCCAGCAGACCUGUGUGCUCGGCCGCUGUCCCAAAAAUGACCGGCUCCAGUGGGUGAUUUCUUCCUGGAGUGAGUGCUCAGCCUCCUGCGGGCCCGGCCUGCGGCAGCGAGAACUCAAAUGCGGCGAGAAGAGCAUCCACGGGAAAUUGGUCACCUUCCCCCAGAGGAGAUGCAGGAACAUCAAGAAACCAAACACCAGCCUGGAGGAAGCUUGUAACAAGGGAGCCUGUCCAUCACAGACGUUGUAUAACAUGGUGUCUGGCUGGUAUUCCUCGCCCUGGCAGCAGUGCACGGUGACCUGCGGCGGGGGAGUGCAGACGCGGAGCGUGCAGUGCCUGCGCCAGGGCAGGCCGGCUGCUGGCUGCCUGCCCCAGCAGAAACCAGCUGUCCUGAGAGCCUGCAACACCAACUUCUGCCCAGUCCCCGUGAAAAGAGAUGAUCCUUCUUGUGUGGAUUUCUUCACUUGGUGUCAUCUGGUGCCCCAGCAUGGUGUCUGUAACCACAAAUUUUAUGGCAAGCAAUGUUGUAAAUCAUGUACGAAGAAGAACUGAUAGCAGCGUGUUAUCUGAACCCUUCAGUGACAGGAUUCUCUUCUUCAAUUUAUGUUGGAUUUAUCUCUGCUUUGAGGCAAGACAUGGUGCCACAUAAACCACUGAUGGGAGAGACAUUUUUUCUAAGGGAAUGUCUGAGGUACAGUAAUUGUUGGAUUUAUGUUGAAAAAGGAAUGUUUCUUUCUUAUUUUUUCUUAAUUUGCUGACCUCACUAAAGCACAGGGUACUAUGGAUCACUUGAACACUGAGA